ACUUCCGUCAACGGAAAUCAGAACUGUCUACAUCACAAUUCUAAUAAGAAACCACUGAAGAAGAAGAAAAGAAAAGAAGAACAGUAAGAAACCACUGAAUAUCGAUUCUAAGCCCUAGUUAGAUUAUUGAUUCUGAAUACUGAAUCUCAGUAUUCUCCUCACUCCUCCCCAUUACUUAUCUCAGAUUUUUCUUCUUACGAAUUUAUCUAGGUUUUUCUAUUGAAUCAACAAAACCGGGAAUCGCAUACUACUGGUUUGCAUCUUAAAUUUCCUUUUCAAUUAGCAAUGCUGAUUUAGUAUGGUGAUGAAAAUGUGGAACGUUUAGCAGAAUUCUUGAAACAAAACCCCACUUUAAUAUAAGGCUCUUGCUGAAAUCUAAGGCAGUAUGAAUUACUUUACAAACAAUCAUGUGGAAGAGCGACGAGUGGCUGAAGAAAAAGAAGAUGAGGAUGAUGAGGAGGGAAAUGAGAAUGAUAUGGAGGCUUGGGAGAGAGCUUAUGCAGAGGAUAGAUCAUGGGAGUCUCUGCAAGAAGAUGAGUCUGGACUCCUCCGCCCAAUCGAUAACGAUGGUGUACAACAUGCCCAGUACCGUCGCCGCCUGAGGAACCUCUCUGCUGCGUCUGCAGCUUCUAGGAUCCAGAAAGGUCUCAUACGCUACCUAUACAUUGUCAUUGAUCUCUCUAGGGCAGCUUCAGAGAGGGAUUUUAAGCCAAGCCGGAUGGCAGUGGUUGCCAAACACGUGGAAGCUUUCAUUAGAGAGUUCUUUGAUCAGAACCCUCUUAGUCAUAUUGGUCUAGUUACUAUUAAGGAUGGGGUAGCUCAGUGCUUAACUGACCUUGGUGGAAGUCCUGAUUCCCAUAUAAAGGCUUUGAUGGGUCAGUUGAUCUGUUCGGGUGAUUCCUCCCUUCAGAAUGCCCUAGAUCUUGUUGAAGGCUAUCUCUGCGGAAUUCCCUCAUAUGGUCACCGUGAAGUCCUAUUAUUAUAUUCUGCUCUCACGACAUGUGAUCCUGGGGAUGUAAUGGAAACCAUCAAAAAAUGCAAGAGGUCUAAAAUUAGGUGCUCAGUUAUUGGCCUUUCGGCAGAAGUUUUUGUAUGUAAACAUCUUUGCCAAGAGACUGUAGGGUCCUACACCAUUGCGUUGAAUGAGUUUCAUUUUAAGGACUUGUUACUGGAGCAUGCCCCUCCACCACCAGCAAUAGCAGAAUUUGCUGUUGGGAAUUUAAUCAAGAUGGGUUUCCCACAAAGAGCAGCAGAGGGUGUUGUCUCUAUCUGUUCGUGCCACAAGGAAGCUAAGGUUGGUGGGGGUUACAUUUGUCCAAGAUGCAAAGCACGUGUCUGUGAACUGCCUACAGAAUGCCGAAUUUGUGGGCUGACACUUGUUUCUUCACCUCAUUUGGCAAGAUCGUAUCAUCAUUUAUUCCCGAUAACUCCUUUUGAGGAGCUGUCACUUGCGCUUCUCAAUAGUUCACGUCACAAGUUACCGAAAACUUGUUUUGGUUGCCAACAAAGCCUUGUACCUUCUGGUAACAGGCCUGGCCUCCGUGUUGCUUGCCCCAAGUGUAAACAGCAUUUCUGCUUGGACUGUGACAUUUACAUGCAUGAGAGCUUGCACAAUUGUCCAGGUUGCGAGAGUCUUCGGCAUUCCAAAACUGUUAACAAUAUUGAAUGAUUUUUUUGAUUCAAACAAUAGUGAACAUUCCCCCGAGUUGAGAUGGGUGGAGUAUCAGAAAUAGUGAACUCCACUCAAUUAAUGGAGCUUGUAGUUGUAGCUAUCAAUUGAGUUUUUUCUCA